AAAGGGACGGUCAGAGCAGUUAUGAAGCAGCAGUCACAGUGGCGGCUCCAUUCCUGCCUUUUUCGCUUCCACUCACAGAAAAUCAAAGAACUUCAUGCCUUCUGAUUCGCCUGACCAGCGGUUACAGUAUAAGAAGAAUCCAAUGAUACCGACAUCAGCAAUAAAGAGGACAGAAAAUAUUGAUAUUUAGGAGAGCGCAGGAGAUGUUCUGAGUCGUGUGAGCAGAGGUACAUUCGCUUCCAGUGCUGGUUGCCGUGAUUCAGGCAGAGGGCAGAUGUUUUAAAAGGUGUGUAGACUAUUCUAGCCUCUCUGCCCUGCCUAUUAGCAGAUGUAAAUUUUGGGUGCAAACAAGAAUGCAAAUCAAUUUUCAAGUGAAAUUUUCUUAAUGUUGUAAUUCCUCAUUGCAUAUGGCACCGGUUGUGGUGGUCCUUGUAAUUUGAUGAUUUUGUGAAAAACUGGUUAGAUUAGUGGCUUGUCCUCUAGCCCACGAUCCUUGACUGUUUCAGUUUGAGCUCUCUUAUACAUGCCCUCCUUUCGUGUUUUUCUUUCUCUUUUUCUGCUCCAGUACCAGUGCAUGUUUAAUAUCCCAAUUGGUUUUAUCUCCUGCGUUUGUCGAAUCGCUUUCUAUGAUCUAAAGAUUAUAGUAGGGGGGUGGGGUUUUCUUUCUGGUUCUCCCUGCAUAUAUUAGGUAUUUUUUUCGAGCAAUUGCACUGAGCUGUGUCAGUAUUUCUGCGUAGUCUCCUUUUAAUCUAGCUUCUCCCGAUGUCCGAUCUCGUUUCAUUCCCUACCAGUGGAACGGCAGAAAUUGCCAUUGCCCAUGCCAUGAAAGAUAAGUCACCUCAGCCGAUGUAUAUCGAAGAGGGAGAGACAUCGGAGUCCGCCGACAUUUUGUCACUGCUUUUUCAAAAUGAAGGGGAAGGUGUGAAUGCAAGCGCAGUUGUUGAACCUCUUUCUCCUAAUCUGUUUCGGGUUAUGCGCAUUGCCCCUGACAAGCAAGAUUACAGCUUUGUUGAAAAGGUUGAGCUUCCACAAGAUGAAGUUCUAACCCUCUGUAAUAAGCUUGUGCCCUGUUCUGCCUCUGCCUACCUAGGUGAGCCACCGCAGGUUCGUAUCAAUUUCAAUUCACUAAAUCAACUAUGCUUACCCGUGGUCGGGUUCUAUGGAGACAAGACCAUGAUAAUAAGCAUUUUCCGCAAGGAAAAUCUGGUAGAUAACUCUGUUCUUGCAGAGAUGGAAGGAAGACAGUUGGAGCCUGGAUUAUAUGUCAGUCUUCCUCAAGAAGGAUGUAGCGUGGUAGUUUUCUACUGGCACGAAGGUGAGCUUUUUAAGCAGGCCUCUAGAAAAGAUGUGCCGUGCAAUUUCAUCAGGUACCUGGUUGAACUUUGUGAUAAUGUAUAUGUCUGUGUGGAGGGGAGCUAUCCUUUUGAAGCUCUGGCUGCCUCUGCAAAGAUUGCUAGUUCAAAAUCUAAGCGCAUCCGAAGGAUUCAAGUCUCCAGUGUGAAGAACUCCGAGAAUGAUGUGGAGCUCAUGCCUGGUUAUAAUCUAAGAAUUGACGGAGGAGCAAAUAGUAUGAAAUCUUCUUUGGGAGCGAAUGCAAAUGUUGCAGUUGUCAACAAUUAUUAUGGAACAGUGGUGUUCUGUGAAGGAUAUCAACACUGUUGUUUCCUCACAACAGAGAAAAGAAGUCCACGGAUUUCAAAAAAAGCAGAAGAGCUGUCUAUGAAAGCUUCUCAGUUUGGCAAAACGCUUAAAAUUUGGUCAUCGGCGUCUAAUGUUGAUUUUUCUAUGCUGAGUAAUGAGCAAUUCAUAAAUCUACUUGAAUGUUGUCAGCCGCAAGAGUUUGAAAAGCUGUCAAAGUUGAAGGAAUCUUUGAAGAUGAGAGAGUCGGCCAGGAGCUCUACACAGGUGGAGGAGUUUGAAAGAUGUUUUCUUCAAGUUCUUCCGGAACUCUGCUGUCACGUUCACCUUUUCGUGGGCGGCCAAACCAGCACAACAAAAGAUAGAGAUGGAUAUAAAAAUUUGGAGAAAACAAGAGAGUUGGACUCAUGCUCUGACAUGGACGUCGACAACAACAUAUUUGAGAAGCUGCAUCGAGAACUUUCAAUGAUCUUAGCUGGGGAGAAUAGAGUUUGUGAUGGAGAUCAGAGGGUGUUGCUGCUCGGAUCAGACAUCAAAUUCAUAUGUAGCGACGGGGAGCAUAUGAUUACCGUUGAAGGCUCGGGUCAAGGAAAACGGACACCGCCUUUUAUCUGUUAUGGACAAGAAAUUGAUGCCAAGUGCUCCCCUCAGUGCUCUUGUUCCACAAAGAUCAAUGGAAAGGUGAAGUUCCUGCAGCCUAUGAACGAGCUUAGAGAUUUCCCAUUCUCAGGUGAUAAAGUUAAAUUUGUUCUGUCUACUCCUGCCAAAUGGGGUAAUAAUGACGAGUUGGAAGUAGAAGGUAUUGUAUAUUUUGUUAAUAAGACUGCCUCUCUUUCUGCACUUCGCAGCUUGGUAGAAAACAUGGUUCCUAUUGAACUGAGGUACCUUGAAAGAAAUAUAGUUUUCACUAGCUUCUUGUUGGCCUCUCACGAGCUUCUUGCUUUAACUUUUAUGGAAGAGCACUUGACAACCCAAGAUACGCAAAGUCUGCCACGCCAUAUCCGAUCUGAAUUUGAAAAGUUCUCUAAUGUUCAGCCUUCACAAUCCACAGUUGAUGUAGAGGCCCUCUUAUCUCACGACACCCUCAAAACUGUGUGUUGUCAUGUCUACAAGGAACAGAAACACAAGUUCAUUAAAACCAUAAAGGACUUGUCAGCUCUUGUGUUCAAGAAGAACGCGAGUUUGCGCAAUGCGGAGGAGAAGGGGCUCAGAGAAGCCAAGGAUGAGUUUGUACAGGAGUUGAAGAAGAAGAUGUCCACGGUAAACAAUGACAACUCAGUAACCUGGUAUAUUGAAGAAGUUGCCACUAAUCUUCCGUGGUAUUCACUCAGGCGGAUACGGAACAGGCAUCCCGAGCAAAUGGAGCUGAAGGUGAAGGUAUCAAUUGUGGAGGAACAUCCGUUCAACAUUAUUUAUAGAGCGUGUGAGCUGACCCCAAUGAGAAAAGACAUGUCUGAUUUCAAUAGCAACUGUGGGCGUCCAAUUGUUCCAACGUGUGGAAAAUCAGUAGAGUUAGCAACCAUUAAUCCUCAGCAUGAAAGACUACUUAAAGUAGUCAUCCUCAAGUCGGGAGAGCUGAUGGUUUUUAUUCACAAUUUUACAGAUUCCUCCUUGUAUCUGUACCGUUGUCCCAAGAUUGGUUUCAACAACAUGGGUCGUCCUAUUCAUACGUUCAGAAGGGGAUUCGAUUUGUUGGCUGUAGAUGAAGGUACCAGAUCUAUGGCUCUCUAUGAAAAAGAGAAAUCAAAGAUUGUAAUAUAUAAGUUUGAUGAGUCAUUUCGGAAGGUAUAUUGGACUGGAGUCGAGGUUAAUCUUGAAUUAUAUAAGGGAAGCAAGAUCAUUGUGUGGAUGCAUUUGAUUCCGGGGAGAAUGGAGUUGCUCUUGGUUGAUGACACCAACAGAGCAAGGGUGGCUGAAAUCCACGAGAGGCCUAUGAUGAAGGCAAAGCAUAUCUCUCUUCCUUCACAGCUGCACUGUUGGAGAGCAUGUGUUUCUGUUGACGGCUAUUUCUUUCUCGUCUUCAGGCAGUUGCAAGAUGAGGGUGAAGAUAUUGAUGUUGGGGGUAUAAGGCAUGCAAGUCCUGAAAACAAGCUUGAAAUUUAUGUUCUGGGUGAUACCAUGAGCCACUUGAAGACAAUCCCUUUGAAUGCAAGAGAAUGCAGUAUAUCUGAUUUGGAACAAUUUGAGGCGAAAUUUACGGUAUUUGGUUCACAAAGUCAGCUUUUGCUGCAUAGCCCUGUAGAUGCUCCUGGUUGUAUCUUUUCAUAUGUCCUGAAAUCUGCUUUGGCUAGAGAAGUUGUGCAGUUGCAGCAAGUAGAUCAGAUUAAAGCUCCUGAAGAUGAAACAGAAAUCACUAGGUCGUGCCCCUAUUUGGGUUACAUCUAUCACAUUUUUGACAAGUUUGGAAUAACGCCCAAGUUGUUUCCAGAUGCUAAGAAGUGCAUUACAUUCAAAGUGAUACUUGAAAGUAGUAGAUCGGUUCAUUGCAAUGGUGAGGGUUGUCUCACAUAUUCGAAAGCACUUAUGAGACAACUAAAGGCCGGAAAAGAUAAAGAUUUUUCAGGUAUGAAGAUUCAAUUUGAAGUGAAUAGUGUAGAGAAUUGCUCAAUUUCAGCUGCAGCAGAGCUGCAAGUCCGGAUGAAAAUGGGAAUGUGGAUUCAGAAGCUUGUUUGCCUUGUUCCCAUCCAAAUAGCUCGUGCAGAAAACAAUGCAAUGGUAGCUCUUAAGGAUGGAUUUCAAAUACCCCCUGAUGUUAGUUAUGUGGACAGCGUAUCACUUGCUUACUCUAUACGCUUUGGAUUCUAUGAUGCGGUUCUUAACAGUUGGAAGGGCAAGAUUAAGGUCAUAUCUUCCAUGGGGAAGCAAAGUAGUGGAAAAUCAUAUUUGUUGAAUCAUCUAUCAGGGUCUCUUCUCGAUGUUGCAGGUGGCAGAUGCACAGAUGGAGUUUGGAUGACCAUUGCAACGGGCGAAGAUGGAGAUGACAGCAGGGGAAUCAGGUGCUUGUAUGUGCUCUUAGACUUCGAGGGGCUCGGCAGUUUUGAAAGAAGUGAACAAGAGGAUAUGCUUCUCUCUGUUCUCAAUGCCGCUGUCAGCAACAUCACAAUAUUUAACAAAAAGGAUUUUCAUCUAGAUAAGGACACAGAAUCCGCUUUCAGCCGCUUCCAGAGUGGAAUUAAUCUACUGAAGCGGGACAGAAAGUUAUUUAAAGGCCUAUUUUACAUUGCUAUCAAGGAUGUGGACACAUCCGAUGUAGAUGAUCUUAUGCAAGAAUUUCAUCAAAAGAUUUCCCAAAUAUGCAGCAAAUCGCAAGAGAAUUUCAUUUUAAAAAUGUACGGCGGAAAGGUCGAGAUUGCUGCUAUGGCUCCUUAUAAUAGAUCUGAGUAUUAUAGAGAGAGCUUGAGUGAGCUAGCAGAAGCGGUGGUAGAUAGAAUCGAUUCUUGUUAUGACAGUGGAUUCACCUUCAUGAGGGAUCUGAAGCUUGUUAUAGCUCAGAUUGCAGCCAAAGACUGGACUGAUAUUGACAGCAAGCGAGUAGCUGUGACAAUUGAUAUUCUGAGGAGAAAUCUUAUGUCUGCGGUCCAUAUGGGAUGCCUUUCUGUGACAAAUACAAAUGAAGAAUUAAGGGUUUUGGAUAAUUUCAACACACAGGAAGAAGUUCCUGAUUUCCCUGUUGUUGUCUGGGAUUCUUCGUGGAACAUAAAAGAUUCAGGACUGUAUCUCGCACCGUGUACAGAAUCAGAAACGCCUCUCACUAUAAGGGACGUUUUUUCUCAAAUCAGGUCAAAACUGGAGAUUGUUUUACCCAGAAAUGGUAGCAACGGCGAGGAGUGGCAUUCUUUAUUCGAGAGCUUCCUGGAGGCGCUGGCAGACAGAAGGCAUUACCGAGUUCAAAAGUGGAUAAGUUCAAACACCACAGAUUUCUGUGAUGAAGAUGAGGUGCAAAGAUUGCAGCUAGAGGCUAAUGUAGCCCUUGGCAAAGUAAAGCAAGGACUAUCAGUUUGUGGGUACAAAUGUUCUGUUUGCUUCUGGAGAUGUGUGAUGGAGAAAGGGCAUGGUGAUCGUCAUUCUUGCAUGGGGAGUCAUUUGUGUACAGAAAACUGCAGUUAUUGUGCUCGAGAAGGAGACACCUUAAGCUUAUGCGGGGAUUUAGCAGGGCAUGAAGGAAAUCACAAUUGCAAAAAGAAAAAUCAUACAUGUGGCGAGAGCUGUUACUUAUAUGAGACGUCUUCAAAUUGUAAUGAGAGAUGUUCUCUGUGGCCAGGGCACCCUGGCCAGCACAAGUGCAAUUCCCCUCAACAUAUGUGCAGCAGAAAAUGUUCUCUUCCAAGCUGCACUAAUCCCUGUGCUGUGCCGAUUGAAUUGGACCAUAAAACUCAUCAGUGCAAUGAGAAAUAUUGUCCGAGCAAAUGCACGAUAAAUGGGUGCAGCAGGACAUGUGGAGUAAAAGAUCAUUUCCAUGAUCUGGAUCAAAAUGCAGAGCAUUUGUGUGGAAAUGAGCAUGCCUGCACCCAUGAAUGCGAGAUGCCAGGAAUAUGUGAAAUCUUCACUGAGCUCGUCAAACAAACUCGGGUUUUUCAGGGCCAAAGAGGAUCUUUUGAGUAUGAACUUGUGUCGGAGCAAAAUGGACUGCGCAAAUGCUGUUGCAUACCCAUUCCUCCCUACGAAAGAAAUCAUAAAGGUCCGCAUGUUCACACAAGAAAAGAAGAUUCUGUGCACUAUUGCGACACCAGAUGCCAAUCUUGUGGUUACUUCUGCCAGCUCCCAAUUGAUCACUCAGGUUUGCACGAUACACUGCAUGGCAAUAUGAAAAGUGUAAGAUUCAUUUCAGAGGGCGAAGAUAUUGAUAUUCAAGACCGCAAGUAUAAAUGGGGAGAGACAGGGGAAGCAGAAAUGUGUAACAUGUAUUGCAAGAAACAGGGGCGAGGACAUAUCCAUUUGGUUACUUGUCCCGGCUCCGGCAAAUGUACCGGCAAACUCUAUGAUGGUUCAAGACAUGAAACUGUGAAAUAUGGACCUGAUGUGGAUGUUCCCAAAGAUGAGAUGACUCAUGAGACUUACUGGCAAUAUGUUAGAUUUGUCAACCCCUGCACAGAAGAAGAAAGGGAAGAGUUUGACCGAUGUAAUCACUAUUGUAAAUCUGAGGAGCAUGAAACAGAGUCAGGUACUUCUGAUAAAUCAUAUUGCAGUGAGAAACUCUGGCAUCCACCCAUCAAGAGCACUGGACAGAAAUUGAGCUCUGGAGGAUAUAUAACUGAUGAUGGUCAUCAUUUUGGCUGUGAUCAUUCUACGAAUGUACCUCACCAUGUCAUAUUUAUCAUUGACAGAUCAAGUUCCAUGGGUUCCCGAGACGUUAGUCCCACUCUUGCAACAUUUAAUAACCAUAGUUGUAGGCUUGGAUGCGUAUAUGAGGCUAUUUUGAGAUUUAUACAAGUCCGCCUCAGAACAAUGUCUGAUGAUUCUGUAUCUGUGGUUCUGUUUGAUGCUAGAGCAGAUGUAGCUGUAGAGAUGGAGGAUAUGCAAGAAGCUGUUGUCAAUCGCCUUCUUCAGUAUUUCCCUGGUAGAGGAACCAGGUAUUCAUCAGGAUUGGAUGCUGCAGAGAAAAUACUAAUUAAAGGAGCCCGACACCAUUCUGUGAACGUGAAAAACCCUGUAGUCAUCUUCCUGAGCGAUGGGGAAAACAACGGUGGAGGGGAUCCUAUCGAUUAUGUGGACAAAAUGGAAAGAGCAGAUCCUAGAAUGAUACUCCAUACGAUUGUGUUUGGUAGGACUCGGACAAAGAACAUCCUGACUGAAAUGGCAAAGAAAGGAGGCGGAACCUUUCAGCAGACUUUAGAUGAGAUUCAGUUGGCUCGUAGUUUUGAGGAUCUGGCCGAAAGUCUGAAACCCCAAGUUGCAGCGUUGAUGUAAGAAGCAUCCCCUGCCUCGUCUGCUUUAAAUUUUGUUUUAGAUACUAUCUACUGCGCUUUGUAAUCAUCUGCUUAGUUUUGUGUGACUUCUAUGUUUUAAAGUCUGAUCUUCUGGGAAACCCCACUAUUUAUAAAGAAAUUGCUAUUAUCUUAUUUCA